GUGCUUAAGUUCUGGCAAAUCACAAGGGGGGCAAAUGGCUACACCAAGAUUCCAGAAAGCAAGCUUUGGGACCUCUGGUAAUUACAUUCCAGUCAGUGAAUUAAACAGAAAAUCAUGGAAUCAGCAAUACUUUACUCUGGCAUUUCCCAAACCACCACGGCCAGGAAAAAAAAGGAGAUCAAUGCCUUCCCAAAUACGAGAAAAUAAAAUUCCUGAAUAUGAUGCAGGCAAAUUAAGAGGAGUUCAUAGACGACCAUUAUGGAUGCACCGUUCUUUAAUGACAAUUUCCGAACAACCAUCUGCUUAUUUAGCUGUCAGGACUCAGCCUUCAUCUAAAUCAGCUGGUCUGCCAAAGAAAGAUGCUGAAGCAGCUGGUGUAGGGACGCCCUUAUCUACAGCAAUAGAUAAGAAAGAUAGAGAAGACAAGGCAGAAAAUAAGGACAAAUCAGAUUCAGAAGCAGAAUCUACAGCUUUACAGGAGGUAAAAAAGAAAGAUUCAAAGAAAGACAAGGGUAUAGAAAUAGGAACUAAAGGUGAAAAAGACAUUGAAAAACCAGAUGCCAAAAAAGGUAAAAGUUCAAAGAAGGGCAAAGAGUCAUCUACAGAAUCUGAGGAUGAGAAAAAAGAUGCAAAGAAAGAUGCCAAAAAAGAUAAAGGUGCAAAGAAGGGCAAAGAGUCAGCUACAGAAUCUGAGGAUGAGAAAAAAGAUGCAAAGAAAGAUUCCAAAAAAGAUAAAGGUACAAAGAAGGGCAAAGAGUCAGCUACAGAAUCUGAGGAUGAGAAAAAGGAUGCAAAGAAAGAUGCCAAAAAAGAUAAAGAUGCAAAGAAGGGUAAGGGGUCACCUACAGAAUCUGAAGCUGAAAAAAAGGAUGAAAAGAAAGAUUCCAAAAAAGAUAAAGGGUCAAAGAAGGGAAAGGGGUCAUCUCCAGAAUCUGAAGGUGAUAAAACAGAUGCAAAGAAGGAUAAGGAUGAGAAAAAAGACAAAAAGAAAGCCAGUGAGAAGGGUGAUGAAGCAAAGGACAAGAAAAAUGCAAAGGAGAAGGGGGAUAAAAAGGAUAAGAAAGACGACAAGAAGGCCGCUAAGGCAGAUAGCAAAUCAAAGGAAGAUGUCUCAAAAGAUACUGCCACAGAAUCUGCUGAUGCAAAGAAGGAUGCAAAGAAGGAUGCAAAGAAAGAUGCAAAGAAGGAUGCAAAGAAGGAGGCAAAGAAGGAGGCAAAGAAGGGCAAGUAGGCCUUGCAUAAUAAUACAAAAGCAUAUUUGAUAAAACAGUUUUAAUAUUCUGAAACUGAAUCUAUGAGUGUAAAGGGCAGUUCAAAGAAUUAAUCAAAUAAUUUUAAAAUGGAGCAAAGAAGACUACAAAGAAAGACUCAGAAGCUUCACUAAAAAUGUAAGACACGUAUUAAGAAAAAUUAAGAGACAAUUUGUGGAAGGACUUGGAUGAUAUUUGUGCUAAAUUUGGAGAUAUAAAGGAUUCAGUGAAAGAUCCCUAGAAAGAUUAAAGAAGAAUAUUUAAAUAAGAAUACAGAAAUUAAUGAUGCUGGAUCUGUGGAUACAAAAUCCCCAAAACAACAGUCUUCAAAAAAUUCCAAGGACGUGUGGGUUGAAUCCAUAGAUUCAAACACUCUGAAGCUGCAUCUACAGAUUUAAAUCAAGAACCAGAGGAGUCAUGAAGAGAAGUUAAACAAAUUUCAGAAAGUCUACUUUCAAAUAAAUACAAAUGCAAAUUAAAGGUAGCAUUCUUCAAAAAAAAAAAUAUCCUUACUUCCUUGUGAACGUAUACCACUGUCUAUGAAGUUUAAACAGCCACAACCAGGUGGAUGGAUGUUGAUUGUUUCACUUUCAAGCUCAGAUAAACACAAUUGAGAAUGUUAUAAGAAGAUGUCAAACAGGAUAGAGAUAAUGAGAACAUGAGCAUGGGAAAACAAAGAGGAAAAAAAUACACAGAAAAAGGAAAAUUCAUAAAGGUCCCACUGGAAGUACAACAGAAUCUUGGCUAUGAAGACUCUUCAAGAUGCCAUUAUUCAAGAUCUAAACAUUAUAGCCAACAAAGAACAGCUCUCAGUGGAUGUGAUUCCCUGAAUCACCUAAUGGGAGUGAAGCAAAAGAGGGUGAGCAAGAAUAUGACGAUGUGAAAAGUCUCCCAGGAGCCCUAUUGUGAACUGCACGUAGAAACUUCUCUUUCACGGUAUUUCCCCAUACUUAUAUAUACUUGAGUGUAAGACUACCAUGAAGAUGUAUCAAAAAUUCUACCAUACUGGAGAGUCCAAUAUCCCAUUCAGUUGGUGGUCUUCCUGGCAAAAAAGUUGCUUGCCAGCUCUAAUUUAGAAUGAACACACUAAACCCAAUGGUGAAAAAAACAAUUAAAAGAAAAUCUACUCUCCAUA